CAUGGCUCAUCACUGCUCCCACUGUCCACACAUCUCAUCAGUUCAAUUCACAACUCUACCUCCAUCACCAUGUCAUCUUCAAUAAAUUUCCCAAUGCUCUUUCAAAGCUUUCAAUUUUCACGCAAAAGAUGGCAUCCAGCUCGAACCCACAUUUACACAUUGCUUGCAGUAGGCAGCAGUGCUAGUAGUACUACACCUAUUGCCCACUAGAUAAAUGCAAAAGCCUCCAUGAGUGAGAGGCUCUCUAUCCACACAAAGCUCAAGAACACUUUGCUCUACAGUAUCGAGCAUUGCAUCCAAAGGUCAUAGCGACAUAUCAUGAGCACUAGCUCGGAGGAGAGAAUGUUUGAGAUGGAUGCUGAGCCACCAUCGCCACCGGAGUCCAUGCCUAUGCAGCAUCAAACUACAUGCCACAUCAUUGAGGGCAUCCUCGGGAGGUGCACUCAGGUGGAGAGCGAGAUAUACGAGAGGGCCAUGGAGCAUGUAGGGAACAUGGGGGAGGAGAGGAAGAGGAGCAGCUUGAAGAAGAGGCUCAUGGUGAGGCUGAGGAAGGAUGGCUACGACGCAUCCCUCUGCAGGUCUUCAUGGGUCGCCACCGCCAAGCAUCCGGGAGGUGACCACGAGUACAUCGACGUCCACGUGGCAGCGGAGGGCGGGGCCAGCCGGACCAGGCUAGUGGUGGACAUAGAAUUCAGGUCCCAGUUCCAGCUGGCUAGACCGGCGCCAUGGUACGCCCACCUCUCGAGCCGGCUGCCCGCCGUGUUCGUGGGCCCGCCGGACAAGCUGCGGAAGGCCGUGGCGCUGCUGUGCCUGGCCUCGCACAGGUCGCUCCGGGAGAGCGGCCUACACGUCCCGCCGUGGAGGCGGUCCAGCUACAUGCAGGCCAAGUGGUUCGCCUGCCCCGCGGCGGCGCCGCCCGGCGGGGGAGACGACGACGGCACAGUGGCCCAGUGGUCGGUGGCCAAGGAGAGAGGCGGCGGGGCCCGCAUGUCGGGCCUCUCCUUGGAGCUGGAUGGCUCCGCGUGGGUGCAGUGAUGUUUUUUUUCUCACAAGCUCUUUGGUGUUUGGAACUUUGGAUAGGGUAGAGAGAUGUUCAGGAUCCAGCAGUUUUAGGUUUGGAGGUGUGGUGGUGCCGUGUAGUGUAGUGUAGUCAGGUCAGGAGUCAGUGCUCUGUGGGGGCAGUGGCCUUUUGAAGUUUUGCUUACGCGAUCAACAGGUCGUCUCUCUGACAGACCCGGCACCAUAUUUUGGGGGUGGACUUUCCAGCAGUGUAGAAAUGGAGCAGAAUAUCCAGGUAGCCAGUUUAAAAAUCGAAUAAUAUCGCAGUUUGCGACGG